ACGAGUGUAAAUACGCCCACUACGUGAAUAUUCUAAGAAGGGGAGGGAUUUAAGAUUGUGAGCAGCUAUCUUUAGACAGGUGGACGCAAAACGGAAGCGGAAAUUUCCUUAGUUGCCUAGAAGAAGCUGCUUCCUUCCCUUCCCCAUCACCCAAGGUUGGCUAAAUUCUCCAGCCCUGUGGCUGUCCGAGCUAAUGCUGCUGCCCUGGCGGGAGGCACUGUUUACUAGCAGCUAGUGAGCCCAGAGCACAGGGAGCCCUCCACCAACCUUUGCGAUCAGCGGUACGCCAACUUAUCUGUCACCAUGACGCACUCAAUGUUGCGUAGAACACUGAAGAACCUGGUCCAGAACUUCUCUGAGGCUGAAGUCAAGGUCCGAGAGGCCACCUCUAACGACCCCUGGGGCCCCUCCAGCUCCCAGAUGUCCGACAUCUCAGACCUGACGUACAACGUGGUGGCCUGCAAUGAAAUCACAAGCAUGCUAUUCAAGCGCCUCAACGACGUCGCCAAGAAUUGGAGGCACGUGUACAAGUCUGUUGUGUUGUUGGAGUAUCUGCUGAAGACGGGCGCAGAUGGAGUGGUCACUGCCAGCCAGGAGAACGUCCAUGUGGUCAAAGCUCUUACCGAGUUCCGCGCCGUAGACAAAGACGGCAAAGACCAGGGUGCUACCAUCAGAGAGAAAGCAAAGAUUGUGCUGGUGUUGAUUGAGGAUCCAGAGAAGCUCAAGGAAGAGCGAGAAAUGGCCAUGAAACAUAAAGAUAAACUACAAAAGGCAACCACAGCUGCGACAGAAGCAGCAGCAGAGAAAGAAAAGCCAGUGAUCGCACCCUACACUGGCCUCCCCAAGCUGGAUAACAUCCCUUCAGUGGCCGAACUCAUGGCCGAGAUGGCUGCCAAGAAGGAAGAGAGGCGCAAGGAAGAGGAGAAAAAGAAAGCAGAGGAGCGACGGGCAAAGGAGGGUGAUACGGAACCAGACCUAUGGGAGCAGGGGGCCACCACUGCACCACCCUCUGGCUCAGACCCGUGGGGCGCCCCUUCCGAACCUCCAAAGGAUGACGGUUCAGCUAAAAAUGACCCCUGGGGAGGCGCAAGCGAACCAGCUGCUGCCAGCAAAGAUCCCUGGGGUGGGGGAUCAGAGGCUGCUCCAUCUGAAGAGGCUCCUGCAACUAAUGAUCCUUGGGGUGGAGGAGCUGACAGUGCGCCAAAGGAGAUUGCACCUGCUAGCAAUGAUCCAUGGGGUGGUGCUGGAGAUGCCCCAUCAGAGGAUGCUCCAGCAAGUAAUGAUCCUUGGGGUGGGGGAUCAGACACUGCCCCCAAAAAAUCUCCCCCCACCACCAACGACCCUUGGGGUAGUUCGGUUGAUGCCCCAUCAAAAGAUACUCCAGCAAGUGAUGAUCCUUGGGGUGGGGGAUCAGACUUUGCCCCGAAAGAAUCUCCUCCACCUAGCAAUGACCCUUGGGGUGCUGCAGGAGAUGCCCCAUCAAAGGACGCUCCUGCAACAAAUGACCCUUUUGGUGGUGGGUCAGACAUUGCCCCAAAAUUGUCUCCCCCUGUAAGCAACGACCCAUGGGGCAUAUCUGGAGAUGUGCCAUCCACAGAAGCACCUGUAGCGAACGACCCUUGGGAUAGAGGAGCAAGUGACACCACAAAAGAUUCUGCCCCUGUCAGCAAUGAUCCAUGGGGUGAUUCAGGCAUCACAGUAGAUGCCCCAUCCAAAGAUACCCCUGCCACCAGUGAUCCUUUUGGUGGAGGAUCAGACAUUGUCCCAAACGAUUCUGCACCGGCCAGCAGCGACCCAUGGGGGGCAUCACUCGAUGCACUCGUGGAAUCUCCACCGGCUAAAUCAGACCCAUGGGAGACACCCGCUGCCAAAACCUCACCUGACGCAGCCCCAGCCAGCUCUGACCCUUGGGGCGUCCCAACAGAGGUGCAAGAACCCAAACCAGACCCAUUUAAUACACCCUUGGAGUCCCAAGAACCCAAACUGGACCCAUGGGAUGCACCAGCAGAGCCUCCCAAAACAAAAUCAGACCCAUGGGAUGCACCGGCAGAAGCACCUGAAACCAAGUCAGAUCCUUGGGAUGCACCGGUAGAAGCACCAGUUACCAAACCAGAUCCAUGGGACGCACCAGCAGAGGCCCCACAGACCAAGGCAGACGCCUGGGGUGGAGUUGGGGAUGGGGCAUCAGCAUUGUCCCCUGGCGACCCAUUUGGUGAUGGCAAGAAAGCAGACAGUGACCCUUGGGGUGCCCCAGCCACUUCUCCUCCUAGUGGAAAUGACCCAUGGGGGGCUCCUCCAGCUGCCGCCACCAGCCCCAGUGGUGACCCCUUUGGAGGUGGAGGCUCUACAGAUGCUUGGGGAACGCCAACCAAAAGUGCUAAUAAUGGGAACCUAACAGAAGGAGCAAAGACAAAAGCUCCCCAGGGCCUCUCAGCAUGGCUAGAUGGGUUGUCCCUGGAUUUAACCAUGCCUAGUAAAGAAGGGGUCAACCAAACCACCCCUGUGGCACACAGCCCUUUUGGUUUCAACCCCGUCACCCCAAAACGCUUCCAACCCCUAAGCACCAGGCUCGCAGGUGCAUCCAGCUAUACCCCACUCGUCCCCCAGGGGGUGCCGCGUCACCACCUCACCCCCAUGGGGGGAUUUCAUGCCUCGUCCCCCAUCUGGGGAGCUGGGAUGGUGGCACCCAUCCGGCAAGGGGUUCCCUACGGAGGGUCUCCCAGUGGCAUGGCUGGUUCCCCAAUGCCGACUGGGAUGAGGAUGCCUGUUCCACCUCCUCAGCCGCCAUGUGGUGGUGGUGUUGGCAUGUUUGUAACUGGUGCAAACACAAACAACCCUUUCCUCAUCUGAAGACAUCCAUAUCCUAUGAAUGUUGUAUACAUCAUAUCCUGUCAUCCAUAUCUUAUGAACUACCCACCCACCCAUCCCCCACCACCUAUCAACCCUGAUGCUGCACCUGCAAGCCUCCAGUGUAUGUGUGAUAUACCUUACUGUAAGAUAUACAUGAUGUUUGGAGAUUACAAAAACACUAUAUAAAAGUCAAUAAGAAGCAUAAUAUGCGCAUAUGUGGUCUUUACCUUCAUCUGGAGGAAGGAAAUGCAUGUCUGUUGAAUCCCUCAGUAGAGUGAAUGUAUAGGCUGACUGAACAGGUGUGUGUGUGUGAGAGAGGAAGAGUGAGAGAAUUAUGUAGAGCCUUUUUUGUUUAGUUACGGCUCCUACACACAGUUGCGUGCGUUGCAGUGCUGGAGACGCACCACGUUCACUUUUCAUGGGGUUAUGUCAUCCGUUGCCGAACUGAAUUGUGGGUCCGUUGCGUCGCGUUGCUCCCGUCGCUCGCGUU